AUGUCAAAGAAUGCUGAUCGAACAGAAAUCGUUUCGAAAACUGAACAACAACUGCAGAAAAAACAAAAUUUCCCGAUUUUAAACAAUUUCUUACCAGUUUUGGAUUCACUGUCACCAAUUGGAAAGAUAAAAUCUGUGGGACCUGGGCCACUUACAUCAACCCCUGCUGCAAAAAGUGGCGAAAUAGCAUUACCUCCAAAGAAGCAGGAAUCUCAAAGUACAGUUUCAUUGGAUUCUGAUUGUGAAGUGAGCAAACACUGGGGUACAUCUGGUUGUGCUGCAAAUCCACGAGUGGACCGAAGUCGUAGUGUGCUUAGUAUUGUAGGUUCGUCAUUUUCCAAGUAUUUUGCAAUGUUUGUUGAUGAAGAUGAAUUUAUCUUUGUUAAAACAACUUAA